GAUUGAUGUAGUAUCUGUAGAUAGACUAUAUUGCUACUGCCUGUAUUGGUCUUAUGUAGAUGUAUCUAUAUUAUGGUUUCCACAAAGUAGUCUAAUUCUAUUUAUAAAAAUAGGAAAAUCCGAAAUCAAACUCUCUCUCUCUCUCUCUUUCUCAGGUCUCUCUUUUUCUCUCCUAGAUACUUUACAUAGAGUUGAUAGACUCUAUGAUAGAGUCUUAGUACUACGGUAUACAAGCCAAGGCUGUUUUAUGUUGGUUUUGUCUCAACAUGGCUGCAGACUUUAUGAAAGAGUAUCAUCUUAUUGUAAAUGUAAUGAAUGCAUGUACUCAUGAUAUAUCUACGGAAGUAAAGUAUGCAUAUUUACAUCCACGUAUAGUGGACAUCUUUCCACCAAUGACUCUAGAUAGAGAGGAGGCUAAAGGCAAGGGAUCUUAUGACACAAUGGUCAAUAUUUGUAAUAGUGCUAAGCUUCUAUCUAAAGAAGAUUUUAUCAGAUUUGUUGAUGCCAUUAAUGCUGAUUACCCAAACAGAGCUAGAGAAAUUAGAAAAAAAUACCAAGAAUUGUCAGGGAACGAAUUGCCUCAUUUGCCAACUGCACUGGACACACAGGUACCCAUUCAGUGUUACCAAGACACGUUAAGACCCAUCCCAGAAACACAGCAACCUGUACUUGAGUCUGGGAUACCACCCAUAAAUGCAAGGCCACGGGUGCAGAAAAUGAUGGCAUCUAAUGAUGAAGAGACUUAUUCAAUGGACACCCAGCCAAGAGGAAUGGCUUUGAUCAUCAACAAUGUUAAUUUCAUAACAUUUUCUGAGAGAGUUGGCAGUGAAGAGGAUGUUAGGCACUUGUCUAGGAUGUUUGAAAAACUGAAAUUUAGCACUUUUACAGUAAAGAAUUUGUCAGCUAUGCAAAUGAAACAAGAAUGUACUAAGUUUUCUAAAGAUCGAAAUCUUCAAAAUGUCUCGGCUCUAUCAGUGGUUAUACUGACACAUGGCUCAACAAAUGAAUGCUACUUUGGCAUAGAUGGAUUGAUAGAUAAAGAUAAGAUACCAAGUAGGAACACCUACAUCACCAAGGCAGAGCUGGCUCAAAUCUUCAACUCAAGGAACUGUCCUUUAAUGAAAGAGAAACCCAAGCUGUUUAUUAUUCAGGCUUGCAGAGGAGAGGAUGAAAAUCCUGCUGAAGUUGAGUAUCAAACUUGUAAUGGUGAAAACAUGAAACCAGACAUUCCUGGCAGUGAGGUACAGGAGGACAUGCCUAUACAAGUUCCAUAUGUUGCACCUCGGGCUGACACAGCUGACAUGUGUUUUCUUCACUCAUCUUCUACAGGCUAUAGAGCAUAUAGAGAUGAAAUCAGAGGAAGCCCUUUUAUAGAAGAAUUAACAGAGCUUAUAAUUAAAUCCAAAGCAGCUGAUGAAAUUAAAAACAUUAUUCUACAGUUGCAAAGGGCAUUUAGUCAAAAAUGUUUGAUUAACUCAAAGAUGACAUUGCCAGAUUUUUCUACACAGUUGGUCAAAAGUUGGUACAUCAUUCCUGAAUGAAAUUGAAAGAAAAGUGGAAAGGUGUUAUAUAAAUAGAUUUCAAUUUCAAUAAUAAUGCUAUGAUUAUUUGUUGUUUAUAUUUUUUAAAAUGUUUAACUCUGUACAAUGUAUGUCUUUCAAAAAGUUAUUUUUUAGUACAUAGAUGGUCGCCUUGAAAGUCCCAGGUUUAUACCAUGCCAUCUGCCAUUCCCUGUCAUCCUGCAGGAAGUUUGGACUAGAAAGUAGAUAUCUUUAACUUUAAAGGAUCAUCCAAAACAUGACAAACAUUUGACAAACAUUAAUGUAUUUUUUUCUUUCAUUUCUUUUGUACUAUUUGGUAGCAUUUUAUUUUUGUGAAUAAUGUAAAACUAAUAAUCUUUAAUAAGCAGUUAAAAUAGUUAAAGUAAUUAUGAUGUCUUGUCAGUUAUAGAACUGGGACUAUAGCAGCCAUUGGAAACAAUAAGAUGACAUAGAAAACAUUCCUUUUUCCAUUUGCUAGGACAAAUUAGUACAUAUGUAAUGCCCCUUCUUCCCAAGGGCUAUUAGAGCAUGGAAUGGGUUGCCUGAAUCAGCCAGGAAAACCAAUGACUAGGCGGAAUUUAAGUCAUUGAUUAACAUGCAUGACUAGAUUGACCUAGGAACAUGCAAGCAUGUAAUCAUCUUCUUUUUUUUAAGUAUCGUCUGUAUUUCAUAAGAUAAGAUAAAACUUGUCUGUUAAUCGCUAGUCCCUCUUGUAAGAGACAGGCCUGAUUGACCAAGUAGUUAUGACAACUUGAGUGGUUAGUUCAAUCCUUACAGUUUUGAUUUUUGAAAUGGUUCCAUUUACUUGUCUCAAUUUACUUUAUGUUUGGCAAGUUAUGAAGGCUUUUUUUUAGCAGCCAGUGCAUUGGUUUGUAGAUAUAUUUGCAUUCUAUUACUUAGCUCUCAAAUCAUUCACUCACUCUUUGGUAUUUCUGUUUUUAUGGCUGUUUCCAAGGUUUUCUCACUCCCCCCCCCUCCAAAAAAAUAGCAGUAACAUGUGAAAAAAAAUGCAAUUUAAUUUAAUGCUAAAACAAUGGGUAGAAUAAACUCAUAAUUUGCUAUUCUACCUCUAAAUGAAAAAAAAAGGGUAUGGUACUUCAAACAGCAGACAUUUUAUUUUAAAUUAUUUGAUAAACCUGAUCAAUAUCAUUUUUUUCUAAAUAAGUGUAAAUAUUAAUUAUGUGCCAUAUAAAUUGAUAUUGAUUCUAAUCAUCAUAUUGAUAUUUAUGUUAAACUUCUAGUCAUCCAUUUAACUGUUAUGGAGGAAAUACACUGUAUUAUGAUAAUGUUGAUACUCUUUGCCUAGUGUAAUUAAAUGUUCACACCUUGUUACUGUAUAUUUUUUUUAUUAACUAAUGUCAACUAAAUAGUUACAGGCAUGUUAUGGACCCUGAUUGGUAUAAAUAUUCAGCUUAUUUGUUUAAAAUGAAAUCCAACGGCUUUGUUUUGUGAAAAAAUGGGAAUUCUAAGAUUGUGUAUAAUUAUUGUAAGAUAUCAUUUUUUGUUUACUUAUGCACUACUUAAAUUAUAAUACACUAAUUAUACAUAUGAAUUUUCAUUGAGUGCAAAGAUAUAAGAAAUUCGGUCAUUGUGCUGGCUGCCAGAUUUUAUUGUGUACAUACCUUGAGUAAUUUUCUACUAACAUUAAUAUAACAUUCAGACAAUAAUGAUGAAAAUGACUUGCUCAGCAGCACAGAAAUAAUUUGCUUUUCCUUUUGCCAAAUCUGAAAAUGUUCAUUUGACAGUGUCAGUUUUUAGAUUUUAAAAAAAUGAUUUUAAAUAACUAUAUUUAAUUUUAAUUUUAUAAGUGUUCUUGUGGAUGAAAAAACAAAUUGACAUAGUCACCUGUUUCAAUGGUCAACUACUAGCCUGUGUGCCAAGAAGCUUGCAUGUCAAAGUAAUUACUUAACCCUUCAAAAAUUCAUUAGCCACAUAUUAUGGCUUGACUUAAAGAGUUUUCUGACAUUCAUUUGGAAAUGAACAUUAUAUCUCUUAGCCCAAACCUCCUGCAGGAUGGCAGAGGGGUUCAAACCUGCGACCAUAGUGAAAACAGCAGUGCAUACUACAUGAUUAGGCAGCCAUCCUUUCUAACUGACCACUUCUAAAUUUGAAUGAGGAGAUAUAGGUGAAAAAUCCCCAAAAUACAAAAGGCUAAAAAAAAAAAACUUUUUUGAUAAGUUCCCUAAUCAGGAACUAGCUAAUCUAGGUAAAGGCUGAUGCAAAAUUUACAAUGUCAUUGUAAAAAGUGAGCUGUUCACAAAGUUAAGUUUUCAAUGUUGAGUUAGGCUUAUAGUAUUAGCAGGAUGGCUGUGUGCAGGACUGUAGUGCAGUUGCCUAAAUGGUCCUGGGUUCAUACCCUGCCAUCUCCCCCUUGUCCUGCGGAAGGUUUGGACUAGGAAGUACUUUAUCUCCAACUCUGAAAGAACAUCCCAAACAUGUAAAACAUUUUUACCUUCAAUGAGAGGUAGAGAGAUGAUAUAAUAGGGGUUUGAUUUAUGCUGUGUUGUAUUUAAAGCUUUUAUAAUGAGCAUAGAUGAGCUGGAAGUAUUGUAUUAACUUUAGAGACUUGUCAGCUUUGACUGGCAUAGUCAUAUCAUUUACUUCAUUAAGUCUACAUUUGUUUUGCUGAGCCAGCCGACUAUGGAGACAGCUGGCAAUGUGGUACAACUUGGCCUACAUUAAACUGUUUAAGAUUCACUAUUUUUAGUGAGAAUUUUGCUUGAAAGAAAAUACAGUCUGAAUGUUUAGAUUUCCACCUAUGACAGUGUAAUAUUAAUGAGCAUCUUUUAAAAGAUAUUACUUUUUUUUAUUCUGAGUCUACUGAUCUUAUGUAUUUUUUUUUCCCACAAUGUUAAGUAUUUUUCUUCACCUCUCUGUAAAUACUAAAAAAAAAAUCAAACUCUUAAUACAUACAUGCAUGUAAUAGACUUGUUGACUGUUUUUAGGGCAUUGAGAUAAAUUAUUGAUCAUGUGUAGUUCAAGUGAAAUUUAUGAGGAUGUGAUCACUUUGUUUUAUUUACAUUGUUAGUCAAAUAAAUCCAUAUACCCUGUAUUUUUAUUUUAAAUCCAUAACAAUAAACUAAAUAAAGAGUUAUUUCUGAUUUUAUUUAUUAUUAAUUAAUUAUUGCCUUAUCAUUGUCCCUUUACCAUUGCAAUGAACAAAAAAAAACACUUUAAUUUUAGAUACUUAAGUAAUAAAAAUAUUAUAAUAAUCAUAGAUAGAUUACAAUGAUUGCUUAAACCAUUUUUAAUUAUUUUUGUUUGGUAUCUUGAACACGGGAAAGAAAUUGUACUUGACAGAUAUAGGGAGAUUUAUAAGUCUAGAUCAAUGAUACAUACAAUUACAUGACUGAUCCAAACUGAUACAAUUACACUUAAUAUACCAAGCUUUGGGUGUUGUUUUUUCAAAGUAUUCUUUUUUUUUGUUUUUUCUUGUUAAAUUUUAAAUUUAUUUUAACAUCAUUCAGACCAUCGUGAAAUGUCUUGUAAUUUUAGUGUGCCAAUUAAAUUGUAUUUGGUUUUUAAAUCUGGAUACUUAUCUUACUUUCAACUACCAUGGAAGGAUGCAAGCAUCACAAAUAUAUUUAAUUAUAUUUUUUACAUGUACUAGAUGUUCAGGUAUUAGCCAAGCAAGAAACUAUCCUGACAAUAGAGUAUUUCUCUUAUUCUGACCAACUUCAUACACAACAGUCAUUCAAACUUUCUUGCUGUUAAUCAAAACACAAACUUAGAUGUUGACUUGACUAUACAAUAAAAAUCAUUUUAUUCCUGGCUGGACAUAAAUAAUGUUGACCACAGUUCUCAGUGGGUAAAGAUGACAAAGUCACAGCUCUACUUGGACAUCAUAUAACACAUUGAUGAUACUGUCUCUUAGUCCAAAACAAAAACCAUCAGGGGAUGGGGGAAAAGUAAAUAUUAAGCAAUAUCAAGAUUUCAAUGAAUUGGCUCAUUUAAGGGGAAACAAAUCUAAAGUUAAAAAAAAAUAAAA